GAACAGAGGGGCGGGAGGCGCGAAUUCGUCUGUGGCGCUGGGGAUUGCGGCACGGAGGAGUGGCAGUACCUCGGCACCUGGCAGCGCGCUAACAGCCCACCGCCCACAGGAAACAGGUUACAUUCAUUUAAGAAAUGGUGUGUGUAUUAGGAUGGUCUAUCCAUGAAGUCACUCAUCUACUGUUUCAAUGAACAAUGGUUCUGCUUGGAGGGUGGCACAGACAUUUGGUGAGGUACACUGCAGCUGUCUUCAGACACACUAGAAGAGUGUAUUGGAUCCCAUUACAGAUGGUUGUGAGCCACCAUAUGGUUGCUAGGAAUUGAACUCAGGACCUCUGGAAGAGGAGACUGUGCUCUUAAUCGCUGAGCCAUCUCUCCAGCCCUCGCCUGUAUUUCUUUAAGUGAAGCCCUUAAAGUGUAGAAGAAAGCAGAAUGUCCUCAGUGUCGUCUGAAUACACCAUCGGUGGGGUGAGGAUCCACUUUCCCUGUAAAGCUUAUCCAGCACAGCUUGCUAUGAUGAAUUCUAUCGUCAGAGGGCUAAACGGUAGCCAACAUUGUUUGUUGGAGAGCCCCACAGGAAGUGGAAAAAGUUUAGCCUUACUUUGUUCUGCAUUGGCAUGGCAACAAUCUCUCAGUGGGAAGCCUGUGGACGAGGGCCUGAAUAAAAAGCCUGCGGCACCAUCUUCAUGUUGUUGUGCGUGCCAUUCAAAGAAUUUUACCUACAGCAACACAGACCUGGACACUUCACCUCAUUUCAGCAGUCCAAGCAGACCAUCUUCUGAAAGAAAUGGAGUCUCGUCACCCUGUCAAGACUCUCCUGAAAAAAAUACUCUGGCUGCAAAGUUAUCUGCCAAAAGACAGGCAUCCAUACACAAAGAGGAAGAUGAUGAUUUUCAGGUAGAGAAGAAAAGAAUCCGACCCUUAGAAACUACACAGCAGAUAAGAAAACGUCAUUGUUUGGAAAAGGACGUCCACCAUUUAGAUGCACAACUAGCUUCAGAAAGUAGAGUAAAGCCUGAGUCUCCCGUAAGAAGGACAAGCUCCUCUUUCCAAAAUGUGUUGGUGGUGCAUACUGUUAGUCCCAACACUAGGGAGACAGAAGCAGGAAACUGUAAAUACAAGACGAGCCUGGUCUACAGACCUGAUGGCCUUUGUUCCAGGUGCUCUUGUUCUGCCAAACAAGGAAAUAACGAAGAAUCUGCAAAGACUGUUAAGAAAGAUCACGGGGGACAAUCCAAGAGACCUAAAAUUUAUUUUGGGACACGAACACACAAGCAGAUUGCUCAGAUUACUAGAGAGCUCCGUAAGACGGCUUAUUCAGGGGUCCCGAUGACUAUUCUUUCCAGCAGGGAUCACACCUGUGUUCAUCCUGAAGUAGUGGGAAACUUCAACAGAAAUGAAAAGUGCAUGGAAUUGCUGGAUGGGAAACAUGGGAAGUCUUGCUAUUUCUAUCAUGGUGUUCAUAAAAUUAGUAAUCAGCAGACACUGCAGUAUCUUCAGGGGAUGCCCAAAGCCUGGGACAUAGAAGACCUUGUCAGCCUCGGGAGGAAACUGAAAGCUUGUCCAUACUAUACAGCUCGAGAACUGAUAGAUGAUGCUGACAUAGUUUUUUGUCCCUACAACUACCUCUUAGACCCACAAAUAAGGGAAAGUAUGGAUAUAAAGCUGAAAGAACAAGUUGUCAUUUUAGAUGAAGCUCAUAACAUUGAAGACUGUGCUCGGGAAUCAGCAAGCUACAGUGUAACAGAAGUUCAGCUUAGGUUUGCUCGGGAUGAGCUAGAUAGUUUGAUCAACAGUAAUAUAAGGAAGAAAAGCCAUGAGCCCCUACGAGAUGUGUGCUAUAACCUCAUCAAUUGGUUAGAAACAAAUUCUGAGCAUCUCGUAGAAAGGGGUUAUGAAUCGUCCUGUAAAAUAUGGAGUGGAAAUGAGAUGCUCUUAAACUUAUACAGAAUGGGCAUCACCACUGCUACUUUUCCAGUUUUGCAGAGACAUCUCUCAGCUGUUCUUCAAAAAGAAGAAAAAGCAACAUCAAUUCAUGGUAAAGAGGAGGCAAUACAAAUACCUAUUAUUAGUGCAUCAACUCAAAUCAUGCUCAAAGGACUCUUUAUGGUACUUGACUAUCUCUUUAGAGAAAAUAGCAGAUUUGCAGAUGAUUAUAAAGUUGCUAUUCAACAGACUUACUCCUGGACAAAUCAGAUUGCUAUUUUUGAUAAAAAUGGGGUCUUGGCUGUACCGAAAAAUAAGAAACAUUCACGACAGAAAAUUGGAGUUAAUGUGCUAAACUUUUGGUGCUUAAAUCCAGCCGUGGCCUUUUCAGAUAUUAAUGAUAAAGUACGGACCAUUGUUCUAACAUCAGGAACACUGUCACCCCUGAAAUCCUUUUCAUCUGAGCUUGGUGUCACAUUUAGCAUCCAACUGGAGGCUAACCAUGUCAUCAGUAACUCACAGGUUUGGGUUGGUACUGUUGGCUCCGGUCCUAAGGGUCGGAGUCUCUGUGCUACCUUUCAGCAUACUGAAACCUUUGAGUUCCAGGAUGAAGUGGGCAUGCUUCUGUUAUCUGUGUGCCAGACUGUGAGCCAAGGGGUUUUGUGCUUUUUGCCGUCUUACAAGCUAUUAGAGAAAUUAAGAGAACGUUGGAUAUUCACUGGCUUAUGGCAGAGUUUGGAAUCAGUGAAGACAGUCAUUGCUGAACCCCAUGGAGGAGAGAAAACUGACUUCGAUGAAUUGCUACAGGUGUACUAUGACGCCAUCAAGGUCAAGGGAGAAAAGGAUGGAGCCCUUCUCAUAGCAGUUUGUCGCGGCAAGGUGAGCGAGGGUCUGGAUUUCUCAGAUGAUAAUGCCCGUGCUGUCAUAACCGUAGGGAUUCCUUUCCCAAAUGUGAAGGAUCUUCAGGUUGAACUAAAACGACAAUACAAUGACUACCACUCAAAAUCUCGAGGUCUUCUGCCUGGCCGUCAGUGGUAUGAAAUUCAGGCAUACAGAGCCUUGAAUCAGGCUCUAGGCAGAUGUAUUCGGCACAAAAAUGAUUGGGGAGCUCUUAUUCUAGUGGACGAUCGCUUCAAUAACAACCCAAACCGCUAUAUAUCGGGACUUUCUAAAUGGGUAAGACAGCAGAUUCAGCACCACUCAAGCUUUGCAAGUGCCCUGGAGUCCCUGACUGAGUUCUCCAGAAGACACCAGAAAGUUACUAAUAGAUCCAAAAAAGACGAAAAAUGUACAAAAGACAAUGAGCCUACUCUGGAAGUGGCCUGUUUGGAGGAUAGCACUAUUACAAGUGUGUCAGAAGCAAGUCAUCAAUUGCCAGAAAACUCUACAGAAGAAGAAGAAAAAGUGUGUGUCCAGGAGCUGCAGUAUCCCCAGAUGACUGCUAAAAAUGCCUCGGUACCAAGUCAUGGUGUUUCCAGAAGGAAGAAAAGUGAUCCAGGACUAAGAAAAGAGUCUGUUCGGACAAUGAAAACAGGAAAAAAUGAGAUUUCCCGAUCUUCAAGCCCAACUUUUGGAAAACAAACAGAGCCAGUCAACUGGCCUAUCUUUAAUUCUCUAAGACGGCAUUUCACUAGUAAAGGAAAAAAUCGCACACCUGUACUUAAGUCAUCAGAGAACCAUGCCUCUGGUUCUUCCACUUUCAGUCAAACCACUUUGCCACUCACAGGUAAAGGUGUGUCCUCAAAUGAAACAGCAGACACAUCUUUGGCACCUUGCCCUCAGUCAGAAGUCAUAAUUUCACCAGUGAAGGUUGUUGCUACUCCUGCUAAGGACCAUUCCAGACAGAUGUUCUGCUCUGAGAAAGGCCUGCUCCCGGAUACUGACUUGUCUCCAGGAACUGAAGAAGCCAAGUGUUCUGGCUCAAGUAAAGCUGUUGAAACAGAAGGAGACGACGACGACGACUCUGCGUGCUUCACACCUGAACUUUUUGAUCCUGUCGAUACUGAUGACGAAGCAAACAGUGAACUAGUUAAAACUGAUAGAUCCAGUAAUAAUUCAGAUUGCUUUCCAGCUGAAGAGCUUUUUGAAACUGUAACUGGAUUUGGGCAGAAAUGAAAGUCGAAGGUUGCACAGACAUGUAGUUGAAUGGAGUCACACCAGUGGAAGAGAGCAGAGCUGACAACUUGUGUAAUUGAAUUAGAUCUGGGGAAACUCAUGAGUAGACUUGAGGGCCUGUAAGCAGUGGGGGGUCUCCCCUGGUGUUAGGUGAUGCUGGCAGGCUUUUGUUAAGCCUUGUUGUGUAAAUAAUGAUUUGUAUACUGGGUAAAUGUUAUAAUUUUAAUUCUUUUGUAUAUUUUUUAUUUGAAUUCAUUAUCAGAUUUUAAGUGUUAUUUCAGAAAUACAAGUUUUAUUCUAGAAUUUUAAGUAAUCUAUACAAAGUACUUUCCUGUAAUAUUUAGUAUUCCUGGGACACUUCCAGUCUCACACAAUUACUCAUAUUUUGAAGUUCACUUAAUGUGUUUUCCUACUGAUACACAAAGAUUAAUCUCAGUUAAAUCUACAGGCUAUGUUUUUUAAAAAUCAUAAUUUGUCUCCAAAAAUUUGCUGUUUCAUUAACCUUCCUUAGAUCAGGUGUAGAGCACACAGCUGCUAUCCCAGCACAAGGAAGACAGGUUUAUGGCCAGCCGGGCCUGUGGAAUGAAACCCUAUUUUAAAGUCAAAAGGAAAAAAAUGUUUAAAAUUAGUUUACUAGAAAAAUUAAAGGAAAGAACAUGCAUAUUUAAUUGAAAUUGGAUUUUAUUUUUGUUUGCUAAGACUAAAAUAUCAGAAACAAAAUAAUAUGCUGUUACAGAAUAUCAUUUGGAAUAUUCCAAAUAUCAGUUUUAAUUAUUUCACUUUACUGUCCUCAUAGAAAGUGAUGUGCCUCAACUUCUGACCUCUAUACACAAAUAAAUAAAUAAUACACAGAUCCUAGCAGUACCAAAGACAUACUGUACUGGCUGGUUUUGUGUGUCAACUUGACACAAGCUGGAGUUAUCACUGAGAAAGGAGCCUCCCUUGAGGAAAUGCCUCCAUGAGAUCCAGCUGAAAGGCAUUUUCUCAAUUAGUGAUCAAAGGUGGGAGGGCCCAUUGUGGGUGGAGCCAUCCCUGGGCUUGGGUUCUAUAAGAAAGUAAGCUGAGCAAGCCAGGAGAAGCAAGCCAGUAAGUAACAUCCCCCCAUGGCCUCUGCAUCAGCUCCUGCUUCCUGACCUGCUUGAGUCCUAGCUUCUUUGGUGAUGAACAGCAACAUGAAAGUGUAAGCUGAAUAAACCCUUUCCUCCCUAACUUGCUUCUCGGUCCUGAUGUUUGUACAGGAAUAGAAACCCUGACUAAGACACAUACAUUCUAGUAUAAAGUUUUAAUUCUAUAACUAUUAAGACAGAAAACUUGCUGGGUGGUGGUGGCCUGUGCCUUUAAUCCCAGCACUUGGGAGGCAGAGGCAGGCAGAUCUCUAUGAGUUCCAGGCCAGUCUGGUCUACAUAGUAAGUUCUAAGACAGCCAGGGCUACACAGAGAAACUCUGUCUUGAAAAACCAAAAAAGAAAAAACAUUUGUUAUGUAUGUUUAAUAAAUAAGUAAAUGUUGCUUACACACACACACACACACACACACAUUUAAAACAGACCCUGAAAUAAUGAUCCCUUAAAGAACAAGAAUCUACUGUGAAUUUUGAGUGUUUUAGAGAGUGAAACAAUGUCUGAUCAAAAAUGUUUAUAAAAGAUAGUCAUUUCUGACAUUCCAAAACUACACUGAUUCCUGCCCCUCCCAAAAGAAUGGACGUUUAGACUUUUUAUGAUUUGAAUUGAGUGUGGUGUGUGUGUGUGUAAAUGUAAUUUUUAUUCUUCUGUUGUAAUUGUUGUCUUGGAGGCUUAAAGCCUUCGGCUGCUAUCCUAAGCCUAGUUGUGGAAGUGUUUAGCUUCCGUACGAUCUUAUCUAGGCCUAGAAUGUUUUCAGCCUCUGAGACUUACUGCUGAAUAAGCUCACCCUUCCUAGUUCUUUCUGAGCUCUGACUGGCUGGUUCAACUGAGCUGUUCUGGCUCAAACUCCUCUCCAAGCUGAUUUAAUCAGGCUUCUCUCUCCCAGUCUCUCCUCAAUUGCUCUACUUGGCCUCAUAUUAACUUUAGCAAUAUGUUCUAAUCUUCUGGCUCCUCAUUUUCUAGCUCAUUCUAUCUUCACCUGUGUCUAGCUUGUUCUUUCUUCAACCUGUCUCUAAAACUCUCCUGGUAAAAUUGCCUGGCUGCGUCUUCCUCUCCGUCCUGCUCUGGUGAGUCGUUUUCCCUUUCUUCUCUCAUGAGAGUUCUUCAUAUCCUAUUCUGUCAAAUUUUUCUCUGAUUCAUAACUUUGCCACUCAGUUAGACAUCACUUUCAAACAUGGAUGUUUCCUUUUACAAACUAACUUUUAUUAUUUACGACUAAAGGUGUAUGCUAAGUCCAUGCCUGUAUUCCAGCCAGAGGAAUUAAAGGUGUGUACUGAGGGCUGAGCCAUGCCAGAACUAAAAAUAGGGCUUUUCAGUAAAUAACACAAUCUCAGUGUUCAAAUGUGAUUAAAUGCCCUAGAACAUGUGUGUCUAUGUAGCUGGAGAUCAAGCCCAGGGCUUUGUAUGCUAAGCAUGGGGUCUAGCUUUAAGCUGUCUCCAGACUGAACUGAAAUUUUGUAAGCUGUUCAACUACUCUUCAUAGUUUAUUAUUAAGUCAAAGUUCCCAGUAAUUAUAUUUCUAUGUUCAUUUGAGUAAGUAUGAACGUGUUUGCUUUCAUUUUAAUGGCAUUUAGAUUUGAUACAUGAAAUUUGAAUUAACAGCUUACCAAGUAAGGGACCUAUAUUUAUGUGGAUUUAGAAGGUGAUUUCUACAUUGUUUUGAAAAAGAGAAACCAUUUUUCCUGUUAUGAAUCUUAAAUCUUAGAUAGGGGUAGUAGUCUGGUCCUGGAACAAAUUUGUGGUAGAAGAGGAAACACCACCUCUGUUCCUGGUUGUACCUCUGACUUGCUAUUUAUAUUGCAGUACCAUGCCUUUCAUGGAAUUGGUUUCAUUUAUAAAAUACAGACUUUAAUACUAAAGGUGCAAAUCUCUUUAGGCAAUUUAAAGAAAAUCUGUUGGUGUUUUUUUUCUGAGUCAGUUUUUAUUCCAAAAUAUUCACAAUAAAGCAUAUCAUGUGGAAGAGGUCAGAUGAUCUAUCUACAUUCUGGGAACAUAAGUAUGUGCAGUGACUUAGGAAGCUGAGUAUUUUAACUGAUAGAAUUUAAACUUCUUUUAUAUCUUUGGAGUUAACACACACACACACACACACACACCUCUUUUUAUUGUUUGGUCGGGGGCUUUGGCUUUGGUUUUGAGAUUGGGUUUCACAUAUUCCACUCUGGCCUUGAAUUCUCAGUCCUCCAGCGUUCACCUCCCAGCCUUGCUGCGUUACACCCAGCUUGAAAUUGCCUUUAGAAGAAUCAUUACACUACAUGAAAACAUCAAGCAAAUCGUUUUACAGUCAGGCACCCAACUUAAUCACAAGCACCAUUAGUCUUAGUUUGUGUUUUAUUGCUAGAACUAACAUCAUAGCCACAGGAACUCCUAUAAAGGACAACAUUUAAUUGGGGCUGGCUUACAGGUUCAGAGGUUUACUACACUAUCAUGGUAGGAAGCAUGGCAGCAUGCAGACAGACAUGGUGCUGGAAGAGUUGAGAGAUCUACAUCUUGAUCCACAGGCAACCAAAGGAGACUACCACAGGGGCAUAACUUGAGAAUAGGGGACCUCAAAGCCCACCCCCACAGUGGCUCACUUCCUCAAGAAUAGUGCCACUCCCUAUGGGCUAAACAUUCAAACAUGUGAGUCUAUUUCUAUUCAAACCACCGUGCCAUUUUUUCCCUACAUUGUUUUUUUUUUCCAAAAGCUAAUACUCUCUUCAUAUUACUAAAUAGUUCUCAGAGAUGUCCCACAAGUUCUCAGUAUUUCAAAAAUGUUUAAAUACAAUAGAUCAAGAAGUCUCCUCAUAUCGUCAUUCUGAACAAGGUAAUCAUCCAAACAACAAACUACUGGCCUUUUGAGAAUAGAAGAUAGAUCAUUUUCACUAGUGAUAAAAAGAUACUUUUUGACUUAAAAUUGAAAUAUAGAAGUCCCUUAAGGAAACAGGAGAGAUGGCUCAACAGUUAAGAACACUGACUGUUCUUCAGUGAGGUCCUGGGUUCAAUUCCCAGCACCUACAUGGCUGCUCACAACUAUCUGUGACUCCUGUUCCAGGGGUUCUGACACACAAACAUGUAUGCAGGCAAAACGCCAAUGUACAUAAAAGAAACAAGAAAGGCAUAUAAAAGCAUACCUAGCAUGUGGCCAGUCACAGUCAUUACUGAGGUCACCCAGGCCUCUGUAGUGCACCCUGGCUUCUAUGAUGCCUUUCCUAACUAUGGGCAGAUCAACUGGCAAUAAAGAUCUGUUAGAGACCAAAGGGAAAGUCUUUGACUGGUUUAUUUUUCAAACUUGAAAUAUGUAGUAGAAAUUAUAGUUUGUCUUAAAUGUUUAAUACAUGUGAAGUGGUUAUUUAGCAUUGCCUUUAUGCCAAGAUUGAAAGUAUGGCUAUGCACGUAGCUAUGCACCGUGAACUACUAGUUAGAGAAUGGCCUUUGUUCAUGAAAGGUAGAAUUUAAAGAGUAGAUUGAUAACUCAAUAGCUGAAGAAUCACCUAAAGCUUUCUCAAAUUAUGUAGACCUCUUACCUAUACUCCUACUGUUCAUUUUAUUGUUAUGUGCUUUGAAAUUGGGUACUGUUUCUGUGUUUACCUAAAGCUUUAUUUCUCUUCUUUUGAUCUUUAUUUUCAAUGCAUUAAUUAUUUAAAAGGAGCCAUUUCCACAUCUUUUUCUAAAAUAGCUUUGCCAUGUUUUCUACUUAUAAUAAAACACAUUCAAAGUAUUUAAUCUUUCAGGAUUUCUUACAAAUAUCUCUGCAAAGUGCUUGCUGUGACUGGAAGGCCUAGCUGUGGUGGCUAUCAGAAGAUAAUGGUGUGAUUUUUAUGUUGUAUUGCCACACAACUCUCUUUAAUCUUGGCUUUCUCGGUGAGCUACACAGAAAUUUGGCUUUUAUGAAUUUUUGGUAGUCUCGGGUAUCUGCAUAGGGAAAAGCACUGAUAUCUUUUGCAAAGAAGUAUGUAUAAUGAAAUACUAAGCCCAUAUCAGACAGUGCAUGCUAAAAUCUUCUUGUGAAAUAUCCAUACUAUGAAACAUCACAGAAAGGGUAUUUAGGACAGAAGUGACUAGCCCUAUGAUCUGCUAGACUUAAAUGUUUUAAUUUUACUUUUUAAAAUUUUUUAUUUAUUUAUAUUUUUUGUAGUUUUUUAAGAGUGUUUAUUUGUGUAAUAUCCCUGGUUGUCCUGGACUUGCUUUGUAGACAAGGCUGGCCUCAAACUCACAGAACUCUGUCUGCCUCUGCCUCUGCCUCUGCCUCUGCCUCUGCCUCUGCCUCUGCCUCUGCCUCUGCCUCUGCCUCUGCCUCUGCCUCUGCCUCUGCCUCUGCCUCUGCCUCUGCCUCUGCCUCUGCCUCUGCCUCUGCCUCUGCCUCUGCCUCUCAUGGGAUUACAGACUUGCCAUGUCUUUUUUUUUUUUUUUGAAGAGUUGUUUAUUAAGGUUUCAUGUGAUAACACUCUUAGUAGCCUGGCUUGCUGUCUCAUUUUGGAGCUUUGUGUAUAAUAUCAAUGGGAUUUGAGCUAUUAGAUGAUCUGAUUGAUAAGGCCACUAUUUAGUAACUCAAUGCUGUUGGAGCAGGAUUAAUAUAGUAAAAAUGGCCAGCUUGCCAAAAGCAAUAUAUAGAUUCAAUGCAAUCCCCAUCAAAAUCCCAACUCAAUUCUUCAUAGAGUUAGAAAGAGCAAAUCUCAAAUUCAUCAGGAAUAACAAAAACAAAACAAAACAAAACAAAAAAACAGGAUAGCUAAAACUAUUCUCAACAGUAAAAGCACUUGGGAGGCAGAGGCAGGUGGAUCUCUGAGUUCGAAGCCAACUUGGUCUACAUAGUUCAAGGACAGUCAGGGCUACCCAGAGAAACCUUGUCUCAAAAACAACAACAACAACAACAAAUAAAAAAACAGUAAAAGAACUUCUGGGGGAAUCAGUAUCCUGGACCUCAAGCAGUACUACAGAGCAAUAGUGUUAAAAACUUCAUGGUAGUAGUACAGUGACAGGCAGGUAGAUCAAUGGAAUAGAACUGAAGACCCAGAAAUGAACUCAUCCACCUAUGGUCAAUUGAUCUUUGACAAAGGAGCUACAACCAUCCAGUGGAAAAAAGAUAGCCUUUUCAACAUGGUGAUGGUUCAACUGGUUACUAGCAUGCAGAAGAAUGCAAAUCGAUCCAUUCUUAAAGUGGAUAAAGGACCUCCACAUAAAACCAGACAUGCUGAAACUAAUAGAAAAGAAAUCAGGGAAGAGCCUUGAGCACAUGGGCACAGGGGAAAAUUUCCUGAGUAGAACAGCAAUAGUUUAUGCUCUAAGAUCAAGAAUUGACAAAUGGGACCUCAUAAAAUUAUGAAGUUUCUGUAAGGCAAAGGACACUGUCAAUAGGACAAAACAGCAACCAACAAAUUGGGAAAAGAUCUUUACCAACCCUACAUCCAACAGAGGGCUAAUAUCCAAUAUAUACAAAGAACUCAAGAAGUUAGACUCCAGAGAGCCACAAAUAACCCUAUUAAAAAAAUGAGAUACAGAGCUAAACAAAGAAUUUUCACCUGAGGAAUAUCGAAUGGCUGAGAAGCACCUAAAAAAAUGUUCAACAUCCUUAGUCAUCAGGGAAAUGCAAAUCCUCUGGGCAUAUACCCAGAAGAUUCCCCAGCAUAUAAGGACACAUACUCCACUAUGUUCAUAGCAGCCCUAUUUAUAAUAGCCAGAGCUGGAAAAAAACCUAGAUGUCCCUCAACAGAGGAAUGGAAUAGAUCCAAAUAACCCAUCUUAAAACAAAUUCCACUUGGUUUCAUUGCAUUAGAAAGAAAAAAUAUAUAAAAUUUGCUUUUUCCAGAUAUUAAUAAUUGAAAAUCUAACAGACAUAAUGACUAGAGGAAUAUUUUUAACAAUAAUUUUUAGCACAUUUAUUUAUUUAUUUAUUUAGACAUGAUAUCACUAACUUGUUCUUAGGCUUGAACACGAUCUUCUUGUCUCAGCCUCCCAAGUGCUGAGAUCGCAGGUGUGCACCGUUUUCAGAGCUGUGUGUAGCUCGGUGGUAGAGUCCAUGCUGAGUAUGUGUGAAGCCCCAGGUUCAGUCUCCACGGUGAAAAACAGUAAAAGUUAUGUGUCUAGAUACAGACAGACAGACAUGGGUGCUGGAACUAGAACUUGGAUUCUGUGGAAGAGCAGCCAGUGCUUUUAGCCACUAAGCCAUCUCUCCAGCCCAAGAUUUUGUUCAUUAUUGUUGUCAACGUUUUUGUUUUCCCUAAUGUUAUAUUUGCUAACUAAAUAAAUUGAAAGGAGCAUUUUC